AUGGUAUCAUCAAACGACUCAAUCCACUCAGCUAAAUUAUCAAUUGAAAGCGGUGGUGAAAAUGUUGGUAAAAUUCAAACUUCUGGUGACAACAACGAAUACGUUGUUAUCGGUAACACUAAAUAUUUAAGACAUGAAUUAAUGCAAGCAUUUGGAGGUUCUUUAAAUCCUGGUUUAUCUCCUCCACCAAAACAUAAUUUUGCCAAUCCUGGUCCUUUAGGUUUAAGUGCCUUUGCCUUAACUACUUUUGUUUUAUCAAUGUAUAAUGCUCAAGCUAUGGGUAUCACCACACCUAAUGUUGUUGUUGGUUUAACAUUUUUCUAUGGGGGUAUUGUUCAAUUAUUUGCAGGUUUAUGGGAAAUGAUGGUUGGUAACACUUUUGGUGCUACUGCAUUAUCUUCAUAUGGUGGAUUUUGGUUAGCUUUUGGUGCUAUUCAUAUUGAAAGUUUUGGUAUUGUUGCUGCUUAUGCCGAUAAUGAAGAUCAAUUACCAAGUGCAAUUGGAUUUUUCCUUGUUGGUUGGGCCAUCUUUACUUUUAUGUUAACCUUGUGUACUUUAAAAUCAACUGUUGCCUUCUGUGCCUUAUUUUCAUUUUUAACCAUGACUUUUGUAUUAUUAGCUGCUGGUGAAUUUACAGGAAAAGUUGCUGUUGCUAGGGCUGGUGGUGUUUUUGGUGUUAUUACUGCAUUCUUAGGUUUCUAUAAUGCCUUUGCUGGGGUUGCUAAUAAGACCAAUAGUUACUUUGUUCCUCAUUCCAUUCAAUUAACCAGAACUUAG